AUGUCCUCACUCCAGACUGACACGAGCCCGACCAUACCUGCACCAUCGACGCCGUCUGACGGCCCAACUUCGCGCUCGCACUCCGAGAAGGGCGACUCCCCGGCCAGUCAUCCGGCCGGGCUCGAUAGUACUGCGUCUCCCGCCGAGCUACUGUUGAGCGCCACCAAGGAUGCUCGACAGAUCAUAAGGCUGGUGCAAUGCAGCACAUGCUCCCGUAUACUGCGAGACCCCAUCACGCUGCCAUGCGGGCAGACAUUGUGCAAGACAUGUAUCCCCGAGACGCACCUACGGACCAACAUCUCCUGGCCUGCCACCGCGAACCGGUUACAGGGGUUCAACUGUCCCUUUGAGGAUUGUAGGAAGGAGCAUGCCAUUGGGGACUGCAGUGUUGAUGUUACGUUAAACAAGGUUCUGGACAUUGUGCGGACAGCUGUUGAACAAGCGCGGGCUCUCACGGAGGGCGCCGCGGUUUCCACACAUGUUGCGAUUCAGAAUCCUUGGGAAGUUGCCGGACUUCCCACCUUGGAGGAGAAGGACGCCUUGUCGCAGGUGGUGAGAGGUGGCCGGAUCGUGUCGACUUACACGCUGGCCGAAACCGGAAGCUUGAGAUAUGAGUGCGAGGUAUCGUAUACCGCCGUCGGCGCAUCUGAGGAGGAAGUCACCCAGAUCGAUUCAGAUGCUUUCUUAAGAUUGAAAGAGUGCGUACGGACGGAGAUGGACUGCCAAAUAUGCUACGCCCUAUAUCUGGACCCGUUCACUACCACAUGUGGCCACACUUUUUGCCGGCACUGUAUACACCAAGUGCUUAGCAGUUCGGAGCAUUGUCCCAUAUGCCGGAGGGCUCUGCUCAUCCAGCGACAAGUAAACUCGGCUUCGGCACCCGCCAACGCCCGUCUGACAAGGAUGAUCAACGGCUUCUGGGCGGACGUCGUUUCGGUACGAGCAGAGACGGUUCGAGCUGAGCGGCAGGCGGAACUGGUCGGCGAGUAUGACAUACCGAUCUUUGUGUGCACACUGGCGUUUCCCGCUAUGCCAACAUUCUUACACGUUUUUGAACCACGAUAUCGUCUCAUGAUGCGACGUGUCGUCGACGCAGAUAGAACCUUCGGAAUGGUACGUCCCGAGAGACCCUCGGUUGCCGGAGGUGCCCCUUUCAGCGAGAUCGGAACUCUGCUGCGCAUAGUCAACAUCGAAUUCUUCCCGGACGGCCGGAGUCUACUGGAAACGGUCGGGGUAUCGCGGUUCAGGGUCACUCGCCAUGGCGUCUUGGAUGGGUACGUCGUUGGCCAGGUCGAGCAGAUCGAUGAUGUCGGCCUGGCCGAAGAGGAAGCCAUGGAGAUUUCGGAGACAAUGCGCGGACAGGGUGUGCAAGACUUCACGCAACGAGGCGAGCGGGAAGCCUCGGCGACACCGCUGUCACCGCAGUCGCCCGCAACUCCGACUCACUCAACAGUGCUCACCCUCGCAGACCUAGACACGAAGUCGACCCGCGACUUGCUGGACAUCGGCAUCGGCUUCGUCACCAGGAUGCGUGGGCAGAGCGUCUCGUGGCUCGCAGGCCGGGUCCUGGCCGUGUUCGGGGAGUGCCCGACCGACCCGACACUCUUCCCCUGGUGGUUCGCCAGCGUGCUCCCCGUCAGCGACGACGAAAAGUGCCGCCUCCUGGGCACAUCCAGCGUCCGGCAGCGCAUGAAGAUCUGCUGCCGGUGGAUUGUCGAGUGGGAGUCAAGCAGAUGGUGA